AUGCAUGUGAAGAUGUUAGAGCUUCAUAGACGCUACGGCCCUGUCAUUCGCGUCGAGCCUAACAAGCUGGUUUACCAUCACGCCGAGGCUGUAAGCCACAUCUGGAACCGUCGCCGACCCCAGGACAGUCGGCCUGCCUUGAUCAAUGCUUUGAAUCCAAACAACCUCUUAUGUGGCCCACCAGAUAAGCAUACGCGCUACCGACGUGCCCUUCUUCCUGGGUUCUCUAAGCAAGCCAAGUUGGCUCGAGGCGGCAUUAUCCAAAAAUAUGCUGGUCUAUUAGUUGCCAGAUUGAAGGAGCAUUCGACACCCAUCCACCCCUUUAACAUUACGACAUGGAUCCACAAGGCCCAAGGUGAUAUGGUGAGUGAGUUGACCUACGGCGAGAAUAUCGGAUGUUUGCAAUCAGAUUCCGAAUCUCCUCUCCUUGCAGCACUGCUGGACUGGGAUGUGUUGACGGCAUACGGUGUUGCAAUAUUGUCCUUCCUCCCCACAAAACUACUCUCUCUCAUGGUUUCUUUGACACCCUCCGGGCUGGAGGGCGGUAUGCUCUCCGAGUUGACCCGGCUGUCCAAAGAACGGACCCUUGAACGUAUGGAUUCGGCUCCAACUGAGUACACCGACUUUGUCUCGUCAAUCUGGAAGGAUGAAGAGUUCGACAAGAAUGAUGCUGAUCCAAGAGACGACAGCCUUUCUGUGUCCGCUGCUCGCUCUACACCAUUGACGAUUGAGGAGAUACACAGCAAUAUCAAGAUCUUCACCGUCGGUGCAUUAGGGACCAUGACGCACCUGCUUGCGGCCACAAUCUUCUAUCUGGCGACGAACCCGGAAAGUAUGACCCGACUGGCGAGCGAGAUACGCACUGCCUUUGCUGCCGAAGAUGAUAUCGACCUUGACGGCGCCAUGACUUUACCCUAUCUAAAUGCCGUGAUUCACGAGUCAAUGCGGAUGCGGCCACCUACACCUAUGCUAUUCCCAAGGGAAAUCGCCGCCGGAGGCGACUUGGUUCUAGACAAGUUCAUUCCAGAAGGGACCGUUGUCGAAGCCUGGUUUGCGGCCUUGUAUCGAGACGAAAAGCACUUUGUUGAUGCUAAUAGCUUCAUCCCGGAGCGAUGGCUGGACGGUGACGAUAAAAACGAGCGUUUUGCCAAUGACAGGAGGGAUGUGUUCAUGCCCUUUGGAACUGGGCCACGGGUUUGUCCCGGAAAAGUUCUUGCCAAUAGUGCUAUUCGCUUCUUUAUAGCGCGUCUGGUCUGGGCCUUCAAUUUUAGAAUCGCGGACCAGAGUCGCGACUGGUACCAGAAAAGUAAGCCUCGUGUGUUAUGGUCUCAGCCAGAUCUCUACGUACACCUGAUUCCGAGAGCUGAAGGGAACGAAAGGCUCCCGGCGGGAAAGCCUUGGGCUACCUAA